AUGUGGCCUCGCCGUGGCGGACACACGUUGUGUCCACACAUCGGUUACUUCUAUUUAAACGUGCACGGUGCUGCCAGUGGUGGACAAGAACACCAUCGACCGCAACUACUACUUCCUUUCAACCCGUCAACGCAGAUGCAGUCCUUCGUGAAAUAUCUUCCUUUCAGCACCACUCGACCGAACGCGGAGCUCGACUUCGAGGAUCACAUCCACCCCAGCGACCCGCGAUGGGCCCAGGUCCACCGGCAUGUGUUCCCACGAGAUGACCCCCCCUUCUCACCUCGACCAGGGAAGGCCUCUUCGAUGUCAAACGGUCAUCGGGAUGGGCGUGCUGCAUUGCUACGCCGAGGGCCUGCCUAUCACCACGAGAGCCAUCAUCCAAGCGCACCGACAGAAGCUGGUCGACAUCGAGUACCCAGGAUACGACAGCCCACCACUUAA